UUAGACACGGAGACGGCAAUGACAGCCACUGUGGACCAAAGGUACUAAAGUGACAGUUCAGAUACAUGGUCAUUCAAAUAUCUACCGAACGCAUCUUUCCCCGUCACUUGUACCGAAUGGGACUUUGAAGAAACCAACAGCAAAGGGAUCUCAGCACGCUUGUCGCUUUUUCAUUCAUUCGUGCGUAACUUUGAACGGGAUUCUCUCCACUCUGCGGGUACCGACCCCAUCUGAGCUUACAGAGAAAAAAAACUUUUGGAGACUUCUCCCGCAGGAUUCUAGAACUUUUUAAUACAUUCUUCCUCAGCAAGUUCCGUUCGCGUUUUCGCAUGAAUCUACUCGACCCGUACCUGAAUAUGAGCGAGGAACAGGAGAAGCGGCUCUCCCUCUCUGACGCCCCGAGUCCGAGCAUGUCCGUGGACUCCGCAGGCUCUCCGUGCCCCUCGGGCUCUGGCUCUGACACCGAGAACACCAGGCCGUCCGAGAACCACAUACUCGGACCCGAUGGCACGCUCUUUCCCAAAGGAGAAGGAGAGGACGAGAAGUUCCCCGUCUGCAUCCGCGAUGCGGUCUCGCAGGUCCUGAAGGGGUACGACUGGACGCUGGUGCCCAUGCCCGUAAGGGUGAACGGUUCCAGCAAGCCCAAGCCCCACGUUAAGAGACCCAUGAACGCCUUCAUGGUCUGGGCACAGGCUGCGCGCAGGAAACUAGCUGACCAGUACCCGCACCUCCACAACGCGGAGCUGAGCAAAACCCUGGGCAAACUUUGGAGGCUGCUGAACGAGUCAGAGAAGCGGCCAUUUGUGGAAGAGGCGGAGAGACUGAGAGUCCAGCACAAGAAAGAUCACCCCGACUACAAGUACCAGCCACGCCGACGGAAGUCUGUCAAGAACGGCCAGAGCGAGUCGGAGGACGGCGAGCAGACCCACAUCUCCCCCAAUGCCAUCUUCAAAGCACUGCAGGCCGACUCCCCCGCAUCCAGCAUAGGCGACGCGCACUCUCCGGGCGACCAUUCGGGCCAAUCCCAGGGCCCACCCACGCCCCCCACCACCCCCAAGACAGACGUGCCGCCGAGUGGCGGCAAGGCCGAGCUGAAGCGUGAGUCCAGGCCCAUCGCCAUGGGUGACCCAUCCUCAGCGCGGCAACCCAGCAGCAUCUUCGACGACGUGGACAUUGACAUCAUCCCCAACAUCGACUUCGACGUGGACGAGUUCAAUCAGUACCUGCCCACGCACAGCGCGCACCAGGCGGGCAUGGUGCCCGGGGCCCAGGGUUACGGCUACGGCAGCCAGGUGGCAUCGGGUGGCAGCGGGCAGAGCUGGAUGUCCAAACAGCAGCAGCAGCAGCAGCAGCAGAAUGGCAACCAGCAGCAGGGGCAGAGCCAGUCGAGCAGCGGGCACUCCCUCACCACGCUGUCCAGCGCCGCCGAGUCGCGCCAGCCGGCCCAGAUCAAGACGGAGCAGAUGAGCCCGGGCCACUACAGCGACCAGCAGGGCAGCUCUCCGCCGCAGCAGGUGGCGUACGGCUCCUUCAGCCUGCAGCACUACACCGCAGCAGCAGCAGCCGCCGCCGCCGCAGCCGCAUCAGGGUACACCAGCCUCGGCCGCGCCGGCGCCCCGCAGUACGACUACGACCACCACCAGGGCGGCGCCAGCUCCUACUACACCGGAGGUGGUGGAAGUGGCGGCCAGGGUUCCCAGAGCCUCUACCCAGGCUUCAGCUCCUACAUGAACCCCAGCCAGAGGCCUCUCUACACCCCCAUCGCAGACCCCACCGGGGUGCCUUCCGUGCCCCAGAAUCACAGCCCCCAGCAGUGGGACCAGCAGCCUGUUUACACCCAGCUCUCCAGACCCUGAAGAGACACACAUAAGGGGGGGAGGGAUAGAGAGCUAGAGAGAGAGAAAGAAAGAGCUCACCGCACAAGCUGAACAUCAGCACUCACUCUCAUAGAGACUGGACAAUGA